AUAGUGACUUAUGAAGCACAGUAACUUGUCUGGCUCUGUUGUCUAGGUGCUGUCUGUUUUAGGUUGCAUGUCCUCUCCUCCUAAUUGAAAUCCACAGAGUGUGAGAUGUGAUUAUGGGAGACUGUUGCUGUAUAAGUACAUUGUGCUUUGUGGAUGUGUGUUAGACUUUUCUUAUGGAUUAAUUAACAAAAAAAUAAAGAACAGUUCAAGAAUUCAAAACAUCAAUCAUUCUUAAUUUCCCUCAGUGCAGACAUGCCUAAUUUCCUCAACUAUACACACUAUUAUAGCAAUGUAUUUGAACCUUAACAAUAUGCAAAGUUAAUCCAUAUCAUCAACUAAGAUAUGAAGUAAAAUACAUCCAGCCUAUAGAGAGUCUCAAUACCACUAAGCUAGAUGUGGUUAGAUAAAUACCAACAUGUUAGAGAUGGGGUAUAAGCCUUUAGGCGAGCCAGGAGAUAGGCUUUUUCAAUUUUUAUGAGAGAGGACACAUUAAAGCUAAUAAGUGAUAAAAUAUAUUUGUGGCCCCAAGUCAGUCUUCAACAGCAGCAGGGCCACCAACACAGCGAAGCAGAAGCAGAUGCAAAGCAUCAGUGAGAGCGAUGGCAGGUGAUUGUGAUGGUUAGGAGGCACUCAUUUCACUGAUAGAACCCCUACGUGAGAAUGUCAGAGUGAGCCUGAGUGUUAUUUCAUCCACAUGUAGACCUCCAUCUAUCUUCCAUCCCCUUUCUUUCUCUUGUCCUCUAUCACCGCCUCUCUUCUGUGGCAUAUGCUAUUGCUUGGGAGCCAAAAUUGUGCCAAUCUUCCCAUCUGUCUGUCUCCAGCUUGUAGUCCCUUUGGUGGUGGAGAAAAUGAAAGUAGCAUAUGCUGUUUCCGUAAGUCGUGGUGAAAGAUGUUGCCUUCUGUUGCUGUACAGAGAUCCCCAGGGCACAGCUGGAAUGCUGACCCUGCAGUGGGUGGGCUGGAGAACUGGGUCACUGCAGCAGCUCACAUGGUUUGGAUCAUUGGGCCACACAGAUGAAUAGGCUACRGUUUGGCAACCCAGACUAACCACGUCUUAUCUCUAUUAUUUAUGUAUCUAUGGCAAUGCAAUACUGGUGUGACCUUUCAAGUUGGAGAAAUGUUGUAAAACGACAUGACUAUGAAGCAUGUGUAGAAUCUAGGGUUUUCUAAAAGUUAUAUCACUAUAGUUUAAGGACAUAUUCUAUCAAUCAUAUUCUGUUUGUAUUUGUCUGUCUUUCUCUGUUUAAUGUGCCACUGUAUCAUUGCUGUGACUAUGCAUUUGGUCCAGAAAAAAAUUAUUUACCAGUGCUGCCAUCAACUGGGGAGUGUUAGCAUCACAUCCACAUAAGGGAAGGCUAAUAAAAUAUGUUUUUAUAACUAUUAGCAUAAUCCAAUAAUUCAUUCACACAGCCUCAGAAACAAUAAUCACCUGUGAUAGUGACAUGACAGGGCCCAUCUCCCCCUAAUAAACAACGUUUGAAAUAUGUUCUACCCUUUUGUGGCUUUGAGACACUGACUUUAAUCACAGARUGAAAUUUUAACGUCAAUUGUCCUGUGGUCAAAGAUAGACGUUUGCAUUGAGGUCAACUCACUGAAACCGUCCUGUUUCUACAAGAAACUACACAUUUUGUAAAAAUACAGUUUUUAAAUCUUGUUUUUUGUACCAUAACCAACCUUAGUAGCAGGCAGCCUGCAUCGUAUGACUUUGAUAUCGAAAAUUAUAACCCCUCGGAGGAUCGCAUGUAUUCCUAUACCACAAUUCGUAGAUGUUGCUAUAGAUUUCCGCAUUGUGAAUUUCUAUGUUUGGAGCAUAGAUAAUGUAAACAAGAUGGAGGCGUUUCUGACAGCCAACCCUUCUUCAUAGGCAAUCGAUGACACCGGUAAAGGAGCAUACAAGAUCUGAGGAUCCCUACAAUGAUUCAUUGAAACUGGAUGGACAGUUGUGCAGGCUUGGCAAGUACCCAGGAUUUAUUCAGAACAUGGAUGGAAGUAGAACAUUCCAUUAUCCAAGCUUUGUAAAAGGCCUCAUUGAAAAUCUAUCAUCAUACACCACAUUCACAAUUCAUUAUUACACUUGAAUAAUAGCAAUUAUGCAAACAGAACGUAAUUACAUGGUUUGCCCAAAACAUGAUGACAUUAACCAACAACCAAAGCACACAUCACAGCAGUUUCCAGGUGUCACAAGGACAUGGCUAAGAAGGAUGGAAUAAGCCUGUAUCAUCUGAGAACACAGACAGAGAACCAAACAUUCCCUCUUAUCAGAGCCAAACUCUGUAGACCUGUAAUAUUGGACACCAGGUCCACUCACCUCUCUGGUCACCAUACUCAAGCAGUGCUACAUUGUCAGCAGGUUAAGGAGAACCUUCUGUUGCAUUUCUGCAGUUGCAGCAUCCCACAUUUCAAUACAUUAGUCUGCAUUCGUAUUCAGUGUUGGAGUAUUGUCCGACCCAGGAUAUCCAGAAACAUACAAUACAUAAGUAUUAAAAACAGUCACAUCGCUGAAAGGGGCAACCAUGAGUGACAUGGACUGUUUGGAGAAUCACCUGACCAUGGACACCUUCAUCCAUCGCAUCGACUCCACAGAAGUCAUCUACGAGCCGCGGAGGAAGAGGGCCAAGCUGAUUGGGAAGUACCUGAUGGGAGACCUGCUAGGGGAGGGCUCCUAUGGGAAGGUGAAGGAGAUGCUGGACUCUGAGACACUCUGUAGGAGGGCUGUCAAGAUCCUCAAGAAGAAGAAACUGAGACGCAUCCCAAACGGGGAGCAAAAUGUCAAAAAAGAGAUUCAGCUGUUAAGAAGAUUGAGGCACAAUAAUAUUAUCCAGUUGGUCGAGGUUUUGUAUAAUGAGGAGAAGCAAAAGAUGUAUAUGGUGAUGGAAUAUUGUGUAUGUGGAAUGCAGGAGAUGUUGGACAGUGUUGAUGAGAAAAGGUUUCCAGUUUUUCAAGCUCAUGGGUACUUUUGUCAGCUGCUAAAUGGCUUGGAAUAUUUGCACAGCCAGGGAAUAGUUCACAAAGAUAUUAAACCAGGGAAUCUACUGCUGACGACGGACGGUGCACUAAAAAUCUCUGACCUGGGUGUAGCGGAGGCGCUGCACCCGUUUGCGGAGGACGACACAUGUUGUACGAGCCAGGGCUCUCCGGCCUUCCAGCCCCCAGAGAUUGCCAAUGGCCUGGACACCUUCUCGGGGUUCAAAGUGGACAUCUGGUCUGCUGGUGUCACACUAUAUAACAUAACGACCAGCCUGUACCCUUUUGAAGGGGAUAACAUAUAUAAGCUGUUUGAGAACAUUGGGAAGGGAGACUACAGUGUUCCAGAGGAGUGUGGCCCUCUGCUCUCUGGCCUGCUAAGAGGAAUGCUUGAGUAUGACCCUGAGAAGAGGUUCUCAAUACAACACAUUAGACAACACAACUGGGUGAGGAAGAAACACCCUGCCAUGGAGCCUCUGAUGCCAAUGCCCCCCAGUGCUGACCGGAGGGAUGCGUGGCGUAGCAUGACUGUACUGCCUUACCUGGAGCACCUGCACGGCUACACCGACCAGGACGACCAGGAUGAUGAUGAACUCUUCUACGGAGCUGGAGACAUCUACUCUCAGGGUUUCACUAUGCCAGGACGGGUGCAUGAGGACGGGCUGGAGCAGAACGGGUACCAGGGGGGGUGUGUGAGGCCGGGGCUGGGGCUCAGGACCCUGUGUGUGAACGGCACAGACACAGAGACAGACCAGGACCACUACCCAACCACCAGCAGAACCAGGUCCCGAUCAGAACGCCUCUCCAGCUCCUCCUCCAACCCCUCACGCAAAGGAGUGUCCACCUACAGCCACAUCCGCAAGUUGUCCAACUGUAAGCAGCAGUGAGAGCAGCCCCGAGACCCCCAGCCCUGAACACACACUGGACAGGUCUCUAAUUCCCUGCUCCUGAUGUUGUGGAGAUUAAUGUUUUGACAGUCUGGCCUACAGGAUGCGAUAGCAGGACAUGCUGCACUACAGUGGUUUGUUUCACUUGAUCUGCCUGUCUGAAGACUAACAACAUAACGAUGAUGAUGAUCCAAGAGUGAAGCACCAGAAAGAAAUGAAGAAGAAGAGGGUAGGAGGACUUGGACUCCCCCCCCUCUGCAAAUCAAAUUCUGGGAUCCCUCUGUAUUAAUGUAGCUCGUUUUAGACUACUACGCUGUUUAUCCUACAGUUACUCUGUAUUAAAGCGCACAUCGUGAUGUGUAUUGAAUGACAUUGAUCAUUUCAAUAAAUUACAAUAUUGGUAAUAAUAAUGAUCAUUUAUAUAAAAUGUAUAAACUGCAUGCUAUGCAGGCUAAAAGAAAGGGAUCUAUAGAUACGCCAAGCAUACAUAACUAUUCAGGAAUGUCUUGGCUUUGUUUUUCAUUUUGUGUCUGGGUUUUGUUUCAGGGUUUUAUUCCCAACAAUAUGUUUUUCAUUAUUAUUUAUAUAAAACGCACCCCAACCUCA